UUUGCUUCCCGGGGAGAGAGAAUCGGGUGCGGUAAGCGAGAGAGGAGAACGCGGAAACAGCAGGAGCGGUCCGCAAGAGGUACAGCUACCGGUGACAGCGAAACACUCGAACGGUAUAGAGCCCAGAUACUGGGUGCAUUUUUUUCGUGAAGUUAUCGGAUCAGAGGCUUGUUUUUAUCGCUGUAAGGGGAUUUUUCUUCAGUAGAGAGUCAUUCGGGAUUCAGAAUGUCGGGGAGCAGGGAGGAGGAACGGCGGAAACUAGCCGAUAUCAUUAACCACUGGAACGCCAACCGGCUUGACCUGUUCGAGAUCAGCCAACCCACCGAGGACUUGGAGUUCCACGGCGUGAUGCGUUUCUAUUUCCAGGACCGCGUAGCGGGGAACUUUGCCACCAAGUGUAUCCGCGUGUCCUCCACUGCCACCACUCAGGAUGUCAUCGAGACGCUGGCCGAGAAGUUCCGGCCCGACAUGAGGAUGCUUUCCUCGCCCAAAUACUCCCUCUACGAGGUCCAUGUCAGCGGGGAGCGGAAGCUGGACCUGGAUGAGAAGCCACUGGUUGUGCAGCUCAACUGGAACAAAGACGACCGCGAGGGACGUUUCGUCCUCAAGAAUGAGAACGACAUCAUCCCCAAGAAGGCGCAGAGCAACGGGCCGGAGAGGGAGAAGGAGGGAGUAAUCCAGAACUUCAAAAGGACACUGUCCAAGAAAGAGAAGAAGAAGGAGAAGAAGCGAGAGAAGGAGGCUCACAUUUCUGACGGAGAUGAGCAAGCACUGAGCAGAGAAGAUGGUGAGAACUCCAGACUGGCGGCGGAGGUGUACAAGGACAUGCCGGAGAACAGCUUCACCCGGACCAUCUCCAACCCUGAGGUGGUGAUGAAGAGGAGGCGGCAGCAGAAACUGGAGAAGAGGAUGCAGGAGUUCCGUAGCAGCGACGGCAGGCCAGACUCUGGGGGGACGUUGAGGAUCUACGCAGACAGUCUGAAACCCAAUAUCCCCUAUAAGACCAUCUUGCUGUCCACGACAGACAUGGCAGACUUUGCUGUGGUGGAGGCCCUGGAGAAGUACGGCCUGGAGAAGGAGAACCCCCGGGAGUACUGCAUCGCCAGGCACACAGAUGACAAGUCUGGGAAGGAGAUCAUCCUGGAUGAUACAGAGUGUCCUCUUCAGAUCUUCAGAGACUGGCCCAACGACAGAGGAGACCUAGUAUUCCAGCUGAAGAAGAGACCUCCAGACUUUGUGCCAAAGAAGGGCCGCAAGCCAGAGGACAAGGGCCCCAGGGGGAAGGGCAUGGACGUGCCCCUGCAUGGGUCUCUACCCCCAGAGAAACUGCCUUACCUGGUGGAGCUCAGCCCAGGGAGGGGGAAUCACUAUGGCUACUACACCUAUCGGCACCACGAAGACGGCUCAGACUCCAGGGACAAACCGAAACUCUACCGCCUGCAGCACAGUGUUACUGAGGUGGGCUCAGACACUACAGACGACGGCUCCAUCCAGCUGUUUGGUCCAGGUAUCCUGCCCCACCACUGUAAACUGAUGCAUACGGAGGGUUUGGUGACAGUGACACCACACAGUCUGGAGGCUGAGACUUACGUGGAUGGCCAGCGUGUCACCGAGACCACCGUGCUGCGAAGCGGAGCCACACUGCAGUUUGGCGCCUCCCACGUGUUCAAGUUUGUGGACCCCAGCUACGACCACAGCAUGGGCAAGGGAGGGCCUGGACCAAUGAUGAGAGGCAGGCACAAGUCAGGAAGUGUUCCUGAGACGACCUUUGACCUGCAAGGGGACCUCCACAGUGGGACGGCCCUCUCCACCAGCAAGAGCUCAGGGAAGCUGGAAAUGGAGCGUUCAUCCAACGGCAGCGAGAGAGGCAUGGUCAAACCCAUGAUCCGCGGGGAGCAGCAGGACAGCAGGUCCCAGGACAGCCUGAUCCCAGAAGUGACGCUGCCGGCCAGCAUCGAGUUCAGGGACAACUCCGAAGAUACCUUCCUGACGGCCAUCAUCAACUACACCAACAGCUCCACGGUGCACUUCAAGCUGUCCCCCACCUACGUGUUGUACAUGACCUGUCGCUACGUCAUGUCCAGCCACUACCGGCCCGACAUCGGCCCCUCGGAGCGCACUCACAAAGUCAUAGCCAUCGUCAACAAGAUGGUGAGCAUGAUGGAAGGAGUCAUCCAGGAGAUUCCUGAAGUGGACCAGAAGCAGAAGAACAUUGCGGGGGCCCUGGCUUUCUGGAUGGCCAAUGCCUCAGAGCUGCUCAACUUCAUCAAGCAGGACAAGGAUCUGUCGCGCAUCACACUGGACGCCCAGGACGUGCUGGCGCACCUCGUCCAGAUGGCCUUCAAGUACCUGGUCCAGUGUCUACAGUCUGACCUGAGUAACUACAUGCCUGCCUUCCUGGACGACCCAGAGGAACAGAACCCUCAAAGGCCCAAAAUAGAGGAUGUUUUGCACACACUGACGGGCGCCAUGUCGCUGCUGCGUCGUUGCCGUGUCAACGCGGCGCUGACCAUCCAGCUGUUCUCCCAGCUCUUCCACUUCAUCAACAUGUGGCUGUUCAACAAGCUGGUGAUGGAGGCUGACUCUGGACUGUGUUCACACUACUGGGGCGCCAUCCUCCGGCAGCAGCUCAGCCACAUCGAGGCCUGGGCAGAGAAACAGGGCCUGGAGCUGGCUGCUGACUGCCACCUCAGUCGCAUCGUACAGGCUACGACUCUCCUCACCAUGGACAAGUACUCCAUGCAGGACGUGCAGAACAUCCACAACACCUGCUUCAAGCUGAACUCCCUGCAGCUCAACGCCCUCAUGACCAACUACCACUGUGCUCCCGACGAGCCUUACAUCCCCCCAGAGCUUAUAGACCACGUGGUUGCCGUGGCGGAGAACACAGCAGAUGAGCUGGCUCGUAGCGACGGCCGAGAGGUCCAGCUAGAGGAGGACCCCGACCUGCAGCUGCCCUUCCUGCUGCCCGAGGAUGGCUACUCCUGUGACGUCGUGAGGAACAUUCCCAACGGAUUCCAGGAGUUCCUGGACCCCCUUUGUCAGAGAGGAUUCUGUCGGCUAACCCCUCACCCCCACUCCCCUGGGACCUGGACCAUCCACUUUGAAGGAGUCGACUGCGACAGCCACUUCUCUGCAGACAACUCAGACCUGCAAAUGCGGAAGGAACCGGAAGUUGUGACGGUCACCCUGAAGAAGCACAAUGGCAUGGGCCUCAGCAUUGUGGCUGCCAAGGGUGCUGGGCAGGACAAGCUCGGGAUCUACAUCAAGUCUGUUGUGAAGGGAGGCGCGGCUGACAUGGACGGGCGUCUGGCUGCAGGGGACCAGCUGCUGAGUGUGGACGGCCGCAGCCUGGUGGGCCUCUCCCAGGAGAGGGCUGCGGAGUUGAUGACGAGGACAGGCUCUGUGGUGACACUGGAGGUGGCCAAACAGGGAGCCAUCUACCACGGCCUGGCCACGCUCCUCAACCAGCCUUCUCCUAUGAUGCCCAGAGCAUCACAAGGAGGGCGUGACAAGAAUGGUAAACUGAGACCAAAGAGCGAAGGCUUUGAACUGUACAACAACUCGGUCCAGAACGGCUCUCCAGAGAGCCCCCAGGCCGACUGGCAGGCCUACCCAGAACCAAAGAAGAUAAGCGGGGAGGAGAGGCUACUGAAGAACCGGGCCGACCACCGCUCCAGCCCCAACGUGGCCAACCAGAGCCAGAGUCCGGGAGGGAAGGCCGUCUACACACGAGGACCUGGGACCAAGAUCACCUCUGUCUCCACGGGCAACCUGUGUGUUGACGACGAGCCCUCUCCUCCCCAUCCGGAGGCCUAUCCUAUUCCCACUCAGACCUACCCCAGGGAAUACUUCACCAUCCCAGCCUCCAAGUCUACGAACCGGAUGGACUCGGCCCCAGGACAGAUAUACGCUGACGACAGGGGUCCUCCCGGCCCCAUGGAAGACCACCACCACAACAGCAUAGCUAUGCAGCGGGUGGACCACUCUCAGGAGGAGCUGUGUGACCUCCCAGGGGGCUACCCUCCAACCGGCCUGCGUCCUGAGGACUUGGUCCACCUGCACCAGCAGCAGCAGAGAGAGGCUGACUACCAGCGGGGCAGUGGGGAACACUGGGUCAACCACCACCAGGUCUCCUCCUCUGUGGAGUCCUCCACCUCCAGCCAGGAGCACCUCAACUACUCCUCGUCCUCCUCCAACAAGACCCAGAGUAACCACAAGAGUGGCCCGGGACGCUGGAAGACCCCCGGCCCCAUCUCUCCCCACCCAGGCCCCGUGGCCCAGUCCACACGCACGGACCUCCCUCCCCCUCCACCGCCCCCUCCCGUACACUACCAGGACUUUGAGCUCCAGCCCGACCUGCCCCUGCCCCCUCCUCCCUCGGCCACCCAGCAGCAGGCCGCAGCUGCCGACCGCAAGAAGCGCGAGGAGCAGCAGCGCUGGUAUGAGAAGGAGAAGGCCCGGUUAGAGGAGGAGAGGGAGAGGAAGAGGAGGGAGCAGGAGAGGAAGCUGGGACAGGUCCGUAACCCAGCUGUGCCUGUAGCCCACAACAACAACCAACAAGGGGGCACACUCCCCCCUCCCACACAGCACCAGCAGAUGCCCCCUCCCCGGUCCCCCAUGCAGCAGGUGCCCCAUCCCUACCUCCCCCCCCAGGGCCAACAGCAGGCCCAGCAGCAGCAACCCCCCAGGCCAGAGAAACUGUCCACUCUGCCCAGAGCGGGCACCCUGCCCCCUCAGGGUAACCCAAUGGACACAGUGAUCAGAGAGCUGCUCCCCCAGCAGCAGCCCCGCACCAUCGAGCGCCGGGACCUACAGUACAUCACCAUCAGCAAGGAGGAGCUGUCUUCCAGCGACAGCCUGUCCCCAGACCCCUGGAAGAGGGACGCCCGGGAGAAGCUGGAGAAGCAGCAGCAGCUGCACAUCGUAGAUCUGCUGGACAGGGAGAUCCAGGACCUGCAGGCCAAGCCGGAGCGUACGGCCGAGGAGAGCGACCGGCUCAGGAAGCUGAUGCUGGAGUGGCAGUUCCAGAAGAGACUGCAGGAGUCCAAGCAGAGUGAUGAGGAAGAUGAGGAGGAUGACGACGAGGACGUGGACACCAUGAUGAUCAUGCAGCGGCUGGAAGCAGAGAAGAGAGCAAGGUUGCAGGACGAGGAGCGGCGGAGGAAACAACAGCUGGAGGAGAUCCGUAAGCGCGAAGCGGAGGACCGGGCCAAACAGGAGGAGGAGAGACGCUGGAGAGAGGAGGAGAGGGCCAGACGAGAGGUCGAUGAGAAGAGGAGGCAGGAGGAGGAGUACUACACACGUCUGGAGGAAGGGCGGCGCCGGCAGCACGAGGAGGCCGAGCGCAAGCUGCUGACGCCUGACGAGCCUGGUCUGUACAGACCUCCCCUCCCCAGGGACUACCAGCCUCAGCCCCCCCCUCCCACUGCAUCCCCCGCAACCACUGCCACUAACGCUCCACCACCCCCGCCUCAGAGAAACACUUCCUACCUCAAAACCCAGGUCGUCUCCCCUGACGCCUUGUACACUGCCAAGUUUGUCUCGUACAAUGACGAGGAGGAUGAGGACACUUCAGGCCUAGCAGGAUUUAAUUCAUACACUGGAAACACAACCGGGGUUGUAGGAUCAGGAGAAGUUUACAAGGACCCGCGAGAGAAGUGGACGAAAGGUGGUCAAGAACAGGAGAACACUUUAACUGAAGGAGCCCCGGAGAGUAUGACAUUCAAGGAGCGCCAGAGGCUCUUUUCCCAAGGGAAGGAAGUAUCCAACAAAGUCAAGGCCUCACGAAAACUCAUGGAGCUGGAAAAUGAACUCAAUACAAAGCAGUAGACAAGUAGCCUUAGCAAGAGGAAUUGACCGCCAGGCCCCGACUGAGCAAUGGGAAAGAGAGGCAGCUUUUGUUUCCCAGGGACUCCUUUUUUUUGUUUUUAUUGAACAACUGGACCCAUUACAUACAAUUUAGAUGUAUCGUUGCAAUAGGUGAGACAUUUAUUUGCUUAAUUUCCCUCUUAAACUAUCAGAUAUUAUAAUAAAGCACUGUAAAAAAAUAAUAAUAAAUAACAAAAAUUACUUAUACUACUAAGACAAAUUUGAAAUCACAUGAAGGGGAAUAUAUUUUUGUUUGUAAAAUGGUUCUUGGGUUAGGGAUGAAAAGUUUUGUUCAUUUAAACAAUUUUAAUAGCUUAAUGUAAUGUGGAAUAUUUUAUGUUAUUUUAUGCUCUUUCUGCAUUACAUAUUUUCACACUUUUAAAUAAAUGCCCAGGCGUACCAGACCAAUCUUUUAAGUUUAACUUCUUUCUAUACUCAUUGAUUCAAAUGGAGUAAUGUUGUCCAUUCUGGUUUGCGAUACACUGUAUUCUUCAUUCCUUAGAAUGUGGCUUUAGUUUUGAUCCAGGCAUUACUGGAAGAGGAUGACUUCCACAUAUAUAAACUGGUUUACUGGGGGUCCACCUGAGUGCACGCCCACACUGUAAAUAUCUCUCUCCUUCCAAACAUAACUCUCAAUUCUUAAUAGUAACAGCUCUCAUUUGGUUUUCAUCUUCAGAAAUGGACGGUUCAGAGUUUAUCCAACAGGGCAUUUUAUACAAGUGUGACGUAGGAAAUUGAGAUCAGGAACUCCUACCUUUUGGUUCUCACUGUAAAUUGGGGGGGGGGUAUCUUGUGUUUUCUAUUCCCCCCCCACUUUUUAGUAUUGAUUUUCUUUGUUUGAAUUUAACAGUAAUUUGCAGGGUUGUGAAAUUUGACCAGUUAUAUACAUUGCCAGUAUGCGGAAGGUGGAAGCGUACCAUGAUGGAAAAUUACUACAUUUUCAGUUCAAGUGAUGAUAAUAAAAAUCCAAAGUAAAAACCUUGUUUUGUUUAACAGGUAUUUAUUUGAACCUUAUGUAAUGUACUUGCACAGAUUUUGUUUAUUUAAAAUGCUUGAGCAUUCGGUUAAAUCGAUACAAACAUGGAAUACAUUUGGGACCUAUAGGCUACUGUAGGUAAAUGCUGUUUUAAGGAUUUGGGCAGAAUGCUAUUUACAUGAAGUACAUCUCUUCAUUCACAGCUGUUUGAGAGACUCCAUCUUGUGUGUAAAUAUGAUUUUUUUUUUUCAGAACGUGGGCCAGAUUUGACUAUGUAAAUGUUCAUCAUCCAUAAAGUAAUGGUAUCAAUAUCCUGUUUCAGCUUUAAAGAUGUUAACCGACAUGUAUACAAAUGUAUUCAUGUUUCUCAUUUUAGGUAACACAUUUGAAUCAUUUAAAUUGUUUCAUGAUAGCCUUUUGUAAAUCAUUAAUAAAUACAGAUUUUACAAAA